AUUUAUUUUGCAGACAUUUACAUUCACUGUUUUAAAUGAACAAUCGGGGUUAACCGAAAGUUAAGUUUUCCAGUCAGAACUUUCAACCGGAGCAAGUUGUGUUUAUUUAACUUCGAAGUCCAGUAGAAAUCAGACAGGUGCAGAGUUUAAAUCAUGUCCAAAAGGUCCAUGGUUAAUGAUCUGUAUAAGUCCAGAAAAAGAAUCUGCACUGCUUCAAUUUCUUCUGCCAAAGACACACCUGAGUUCAACGAUGGAGUGAAUGGAACUUCAUUCUCCACGGCAGAGAUACCCUCGGACACCAAAGUGUCACUCCUCCAUCUUCAACAGUUAUUUCCCUUAGAUAAGUUUGAAGGAAGAUUACCAGUAGUGAUAGUGAAACAUCAACUAUACAGCUUACUGAAGGACAGAACAGCUGUCGAUAAACAAAUAGAUGAUUUAAAACAAGCCAAUGAGAUUAAGUUGUUCAAGCUUGGUGCUGAGUUAGAUGACUACUGUAUUGUGUUCACUGAGGCGUAUCGAGAUCAUGUGAUCAGUGUGAUGAAAGAACUCUCCAUCAGCAAAAAUACUUGUAAUAAAUUUGUGAAUACUGUCAUAAAGAAAUAUACAGAUGUCUGCAUCAACAAAGACACUUUGAUGAAUGAAUUCAACUUCACAGACUCAGAAAUUACGCAGCUGGUGAAAGCCUCUGUCCUCACAGUGAGGGAUGUAGGGAACUGGUGGAUUGCUUUACCUAAUGCGGGAGUCUUCAUGAAGUGUUUUCUACGAGGAAGAAAGGCCAUUCUGACAAUGAUAAGAAAAUGCAAAUACCGAGAGAUUCUUCAAAUGGAAUUGGAACAAAGAAAAUGGCCUAAGAUUUGCAAGCUGGGACUUCAGUAUCACAUGCAUGAAGUAAUUGGUGCUGAUCUCAUAAAAUGCAUUCAGACAACCUCAGGACAAUUACUUCGUCUCAAGGACUCCUAGUCCUACAGGAAUCUCCUCUAACAGUUGCUCCUGUAGGAUUUCCUAGUCCUUUGGGAAUCUCCUCUAACGGUUGCUCCUGUAGGAUUUCCAGUGCCAUCUGUUGUACAACAUCAACACUGCUGUGAUAAAGACAGGACUCAAUGGCAGGUUUAGCAUAAACAGCUGAAUCUAAAAGAAAAGAGCAAUCAGAUCAUUGAUGAUAUUACAGAUUUUUAGGUCAAUAUUAUUUAUUUUACCCAUUGUCUUUCUGUACAUGUUGAUUUUGUUAAUGAGAGUAUUGUUAAUGAGCAUUUCCAAUUAAAGUGAAUCAGACCUGGAGGACUGUGGCUCAGUUUGUUCAUAUGUGAAGUGAAUAUGUGUGAAUGAUUAGUGUGGGGUAUUUUAUUUUUCAUCAGACAAAAUAUUUUUCAUUCUAUUUAAGAGACGAACUUAUGCAUUGGUAAUGUUUUCUAAAAGCACCUCUAGUUUAAUAUAUGUAUGUGUUUCUGAUCUGUUAAUUUUUUGAUGACUUUCAUGAUUUAUUGGAGAAUAGUGUCUGUGAUAUUUCUCUGAUCUUGACAAUAACUGUAGUAGAAUAAAAAUGUUCCUUCUUUUAUUUGAAAAGAAAUAAAACUUUAUAUAAAUAUAAACUUUAGACAGGCAUUAUUUCUCUGUAUAUAUGUACUGACAUGGAAUCACUUUUUAGAAAAGAUUAACAAAGACAUAGUUAUUCUCUGAUCAUUACACAUUCUAACCAGUUGAGCAACAGUCUCCGCAGAGAUUGUGGUUUAUGUUUCUUGAUUACGUUGAAAGGAAGCCUGUCUCUCUUAGAAUUGAACCCUAUAACAUUUCUUAAUAUCUUAACAUGUUUUAGUUUGCAAAACAAUGAAGAUUAUGACGUCUAUGAAAUUUUAUAUAUUUUGGAUGAUGCAGAUUCUUUUAUUAUGCAAUAUACUUAUCAUUGUAAGUCCUUUGUCAUUUGACCUUUAGGAUUCUACCUCAGGUACUGUUGGUAUUAAAUCUAUAUUUAUGUUAUAGCUAACAUACAUUAAAGGAGACUAAGAAAUAUUCUUACAUUUAUACAGCCACAAUAUUCUGCCUCAUAUUCAAAAAUAUAUUUUUCACUUUUUAAAAAAAAACAAUGUGUUCUUUAAUGUAUAUGUAUUAAAAAUGGAAUUUCAAUGAUGUGACAUGUUUUAUAAUUUUGGAGUGUGUUUUAUAAUGUAAAUGAUAUUAACUUUGUUUCUAGUGUAUUGAUGUUCUGUAUUCACUGUUUUAUUUAAUGAGUUAGUUGUGAAAAGGCAUACUUUUAUAAUGCAUGCCUGCAAAGAGAAGGGUACUAAAAAUUAUUUUAAUUGGUUUUUGAAGUUUAGGAACUGAAAUAAAAUGUUUUGGAUUUG